GAGCUUCAAAUCAUCAUCGCCGUCCGUUGACUCCGAAAAGCUUCACAGCUACGCCUCAAUUCACCCAUCGCUCCCUGGGUUUCUCGACCACCAUUUUUGACCGACAAUCUUUCACCCGUACGAAAGAUUAAUCGCAAUAUUUUCAAAAUGGCUGGCGCUGCACGAGCCCUCGGCUUCAUGUACCGCAUGGCGGUCCCCGCCUCAGCUGCUGUCUUCCUAGGCAGCCAGGCUCUAUACGACGUUAAGGGAGGAACUCGUGCUGUUAUCUUUGAUAGACUGUCUGGCGUAAAGGAGGAGGUCAUCAACGAGGGAACCCACUUCCUUAUUCCCUGGCUGCAGAAGAGCAUCAUCUUUGAUGUGCGCACCAAGCCCAGGAAUAUCGCAACCACCACUGGUAGCAAGGAUUUGCAGAUGGUCAGCUUGACACUGAGAGUGUUGCACCGACCUAAUGUCAAGGCCCUUCCCAAGAUCUACCAGAACCUCGGUGCCGACUACGAUGAGCGAGUCCUCCCCUCUAUUGGUAACGAAGUUCUAAAGGCCAUUGUCGCCCAGUUCGAUGCCGCAGAGCUCAUCACCCAGCGAGAGGCUGUCUCCGACCGCAUCCGCAACGACCUCACCCUCCGUGCCGCCGAGUUCAACAUCGCCCUCGAGGAUGUCUCCAUUACCCACAUGACCUUUGGCCGUGAAUUCACAAAGGCCGUUGAGCAGAAGCAGAUUGCCCAGCAGGAUGCUGAGCGAGCACGAUUCAUCGUCGAGCGUGCCGAGCAGGAGCGUCAAGCCAACGUUAUCCGCGCCGAGGGUGAGUCCGAGUCCGCCGAGGCCAUCAGCAAGGCCAUCCAGAAGGCUGGCGACGGUCUCAUCCAGAUCCGAAAGAUCGAGGCCAGUCGUGAGAUUGCCGCCACUCUCUCAUCAAACCCCAACGUUGCCUACCUACCUGGUGGAAGCGGAAAGCAGGGUGGCCAGUACCUGCUGUCAGUGGGCAGGGCUUAAAGUAAUGGAAUGUAUGAUGUAAAGGGUGUUGAGGAAAUGAAAGGGAACUCCCCGCUUAUCGUUGGUAAUGAAAGUAUUUGUUCAUGAGCGCCAACUAUGUAUUUCUAGAACGAGACUCGACGGGAAAAUCAACCCUAUCUCGCAAUGUAUAAUCGCCUGUGGCUCUUCCGUUCCAUGCAACCUUUCUAUGUCCUAUGCUCUAUAACCCCGUGACCUUUUCCCUUGCCCG